AUUGUUUGGGUGAGAAUGACUUUUACUACAACCAACCGGAUUCUGUUCGUACAGGUAAUCAUGCCAAUGACUUGCAACAUUCCUACCCUCCGUUGUCGUAUACAUUUUUACCUACCCCUUCCACACUGUUCCCUUACACACAAGGCCCUUAUCUCCACCCAUCCGUACACGAUCAAUUUUCCUUCGUUGAUCGGUCUACUUUUAAUCAUCCCUCAACUUAUACUCCGAUGUUGCAAAUUCCUGAACAUUCGACCAAUCGGAGCAGCACGACCUCUGAUUCACUCAACUUUUCAUUCCCCAUGUCACUUCUGUCCGACCCUGGUCAGAUUCAGGCCCCUUCUUCAGUCUCAGGGGCUACACCAUGGCUUUUCAAGGCUGAAACAUCCCGACACGGCUGGCCUUGCAACAAGAGACGAAGAUUGAACAGAUGGGGAUCGUUCGUUUCUAUUGGGGACGGGUCCGUUGUGAAACGCGAGAAUGACCGUCAGGAGCGAUACUCGGGUACAGCUUGGUGCGCUGAGCUUGGUGUGAAAAAAGACGAUUACAGGGUUGAUCGAAAGGGGAAGGUAACGCUACGUCGAAAUUCUAAGAUGACGCUUUAGAUCGAACCGGUAGAUUGGGAGAUGUAGAGGUGGUGAUGCUCAUGACUUUUACGGUGUCGGAAUUUGUCACUUGCCAAGAGACAUUAUAUUCAUGGCAGUAUGUAAAGAUCUUUUCC